CAUACCUACACAUCCACAUGCACACGUUGUCUCUCUCUCUCAGGCACACAUGCAUUGUCCUCUGUGUGGCUGAAGUAGAGAGCGGCAUGCAGACAGCAGAUUGCUACCACCUGCAUCCCAGGGCAGAGGAGAUCAUUUAGGGAGGCUAAUUAGACAAGGGGAGCGUGUUCUCUGCCUGUGUGUGUGUGUGUGUGUGUGAGCAUGUGUGUUUGAGAGUGUGAGUGUGUGCACGAGGAGGAGGAGGGGUGUUUGUCGUCGCUCCUCAUUUCUCUGUCUGACCAGCUCCUUGUCUACAGCUCCUCAGCGCAGUUUGUGUGUGUGUGUGUGUGUGUGUGUAUGUGUAUGAGAGUGUAUGAGUGGAGGAAAGGAGACGAUAGCUACCGAGAGAGACAGACAGAGAGAGAGAGAGAGAGAAGGAAAGGAAGAGGACGGGAGAGAAGGAGAGAGAGAGGGGGAAAAGAGAGACAGCAGAAGAGGAAGACAAGAGGCGAAGAAGAGGGAGAGUGCUGGAUUUGGCCGCAUGUGCUUCAGCAACCAUCCGUCUCCUCCAACAACUUCUGCUCGUCCAGACGGAAGCACAGACAGACAGACAGACAGAGAGACAGACUGACAGAUGGGCAGACCAACAGGCAUGGUUUCAGUUUAGGACUCCAUUCAGGCUCCAGACCAGCGCUAGCGGUAGCGUUAGCCCCAGCCCGCUACCUGAGGUGUGAGGAGAGUCGGGAAGAGAGUGAUUGCAGGAGUUGACAAAGAAGGAGAGAAGAAGAAGGUGGAGCAGAAUGGCAGAGGAGAAGCCAGGACUGAAGAGCAGUAGCUCCAUUGUGCCCUGCUUCCUGUUUGUGGAGCUGGUGAUCAUGGCCGGCACCGUUCUCCUGGCGUACUACUUUGAGUACACGGACACCUUCCCCGUGCACGUCCAGGGCUUCUUCUGCUACGACAAGGCCUUCUCCAAGCCCUACCCCGGACCGGAGCACAGCAGCAAGGUCCCCCCCGUACUGGUGUACUCGCUGGUCACCGCCAUCCCCACUCUCACGAUCCUAAUGGGGGAGCUGAUGGUGUUCUUCCUCAAGGCGGGGAGCACCCAGGAGAAGACCAUCGUCACCGCAGACUGUUGCUACUUCAACCCCCUCUUCAGACGCAUCGUACGCUUCCUGGGGGUGUACUCGUUCGGCCUCUUCACCACCAGUAUCUUCGCGAACGCUGGCCAGGUGGUGACGGGGAACCAGACGCCUCACUUCCUGAGCGCCUGCCUGCCCAACUACACGGCGCUGGGCUGCCAGUCGGCCAUGCAGUACAUCACGGAGCGGCGCGCCUGCACGGGGAACCCGCUGCUGGUGGCCUCCGCACGCAAGUCCUUCCCCUCCAAAGACGCCGCGCUCAGCGUCUACUCAGCAGUCUACACGGUGAUGUACGUGACGCUGGUGUCUCGGACGAAAGGCACCCGCCUGGCCAAGCCUACGGUGAGCCUGACGCUGCUGUGUCUGGCCAUGCUGGUGGGCGUGGUGCGCGUGGCCGAGUACCGCAACCAUUGGUCCGACGUGCUGGCCGGCUUCUUCACCGGCGCUGCCAUUGCUAUCUUUCUGGUGACAUGCGUGAUCAACAACUUCCAGCACGUUCCGCCGCCGCCUCCACCCGUGCGGCCCCAGCGGCCCGAGUCCGUGCUGGGCGUGCCCAUGGUCUCGCUGCCCUGCGUGGAGAGUCCACUCGAAAAACUCCACGGGGAUCACCAUUCACUGAGAUCACAUGACCAUCAGCCCUAUCGGUUCCCCGCCACCCCCGAUGUCCUCAUACCGUCUCGCUCCAUUUCCAGCGAAGUCUAGACCAGCCGGCCGAGCACUCGCAUCACUGUGCAGCCCACCCGGGCGCCAGACGCUACGCCACCCUCCACCGCUCCUACUCCACGCAGGUCUAGACCACCGCCACCACCACCACCCUGCCCUCCGCCACCACCUCUCUCAUACUACACCCCCCUCCCCAUUCUCAGAUCACUCUGCCCCCCCCCCCCUCUCCCUGCCAACUUCAGUGAAACUUUCCUCAGACUUCCCGACUGGCCGUCUCUUCUAUUCCUGAUCCUAAAACCCUGGGGAACCGAUGGGUCCCAUGUGGAGGGACUCAACAACUUAAAAAAAAAGAAAAGAAAAAAGACUGCAACUCUCAGUACAGUGUCAGGUGUUUAUUAUUUACUUUGUAUGUCUGAAGAGGUUUGUUUGUAUGUUUUGUCUUUUGAUAUCAGUUGUUGUACAAAGUAUGAAGUUAUCUCAACGGUGUCCGAUUUUGAAAAAAAGGUGCCAGCAAAGUGAAAAAGGAUCCUCCAUACUGGGGUGUCUUCUUCCUUUUAAAAUGCACUCCGCUCCUGGGAAAGAAACUGCUCUGUCUCCACUGCAGCUAGAACCAUACAGGCGCCAUCUUUUUACUCAUCACCUCAAGUUUUGAAGCAUUCCUCUGAACCAAGAGACCUACAAGGAUCUCCGCUGGAUGCUCACAGCGUAUCUCCAGUCUCCAGUCUAUGUAUAUGAAAUCUAAUGUCACACUUAAGAAAACUGCCAGAGAGCCUCACCCUGUGGACUAUCCCUAACAUAAUGUAAAGAAACGUACAUUAACGUGUAUUUACUCUCUGCCAGCAUCCUGGAGCAUCUUAGUAGUCUGGACCCUCGUACUGUCUGUGCUGUCAGUACUGUCAGUAGUCUGGACCCUCUUACUGUCUGUGCUGGCUGUUGUUGUCAGUGUAGCUGAACUGCAUUCACCACAUCCAGGAACCACCCCCAUCUCCAUAGAAAAGAAAACAGAACGCUUCCUCUCAGACGCCUUGUCAGCCUCACAAACUCCUCUCCUCUCCUCUCUCCGUUUACAAAGAUCAAAGAGCCUUCGCAAUUCUUCUCAGGAGAACGAUACAUAAACAAACAAAAGAAAAAAAAACUCACUCCAUCAAGGCCCCCAAGAGGGAUCCCAAAACACACUGUCAUGUGUUCCAGAGCACGUAGGAGACUACAGUGGCUGAUGCCAUGGGGCACUGGCAUGCAACGGACUUGGCGAGAAAUCUCACGUCGAGCCGCAUUACCAUGGAUUUGAUUGUGUACAUGUAAAUCUCAACUGAUUUAUUUCUGAUAUUAUUCAUGGGUUUGUUUUUUUGUUUCUGUAGAUAGACAGGUAACAUGUUGUUCACAUGUCUGUGACCUUCACCUGGUGUGACAGUUUUGCGGGUCUUAAUUUUGCACAGUCUCUUUCCUCGCACCACUCCCUCUUUUAGAUGUUGUCCUUUGACACUGUCCUCUAGCUUAUUGUGUUUGGGGUUGUUUUCACACUGUUGACUUUUUUCUAUCUCUACUGUCACUGUGCGAUGUAAGGUUGCCCCCUCUGCUGGAUCAACACAAAUUCACUCAUUUACGCACCAGAAGAACACAAGAACCGUGUCACAUGCACACACACACACGCACGCACGCACGCACGCACGCACGCACGCACGCACACACACACACACACA